CACACGAUCUUUUGUGCCGGCCAGGAACCAGUGGCGAGGAAAGUUUUACCGCCCGCGCCCCACCCCCCUUUUGUUACCCCGGCAUUAUUGUAGUAAAACAUCUAGUGCGAGUUGUGUUCUUCACAAACCAACAUGAGGCGCACGAGAAGUUCGAGGAGUAAAACUCAGGCCGCGCAAGAGGCCGAGGAAGUCCUGUCAAAAACAGUGUGGCAGUGGAAAGGGGAUGAAGGACAGUGGGAACCAUACUCGCCUGCAGACUGCAUCCUGUUGGACUCCGCCGUCUCUUCAGGAAACACUUCUGUCACUCUGUCUCGGGGCCCGGGGACGAGCUACGAAGUCGACCUGAAGAAGAUGGUCCAGAUUAAUCCUGUCACCAAGUACCAGAGGAAGAUUCGCUCUCAGACAGUAAAACCAGAAUGUCUAAAUGCAGCCGGUGACAUGGCUGCUCAAAAUGAGAUGCCGGUUCAACUUGAAGAGGAUGAGACGGAAAAGCAUCCCGCAGCUAAAAGAAAGAGAGUGCAGAGCAAGAGUCAGGCAAAAACUGAAAAAGUACCCAAAGAAGAAAUAAAAUGUGACGAGGUCGUGAGGACGGUGGUCAUGAAAGGAAAAGCUCCAGUGGACUCUGAAUGUAAAGCCAAACUGGGAAAGGCUUAUGUUUACAGUUCGGGAAAUGAUGUUUACGACGUGAUGCUAAAUCAGACCAAUCUUCAGUUUAACAACAACAAAUACUAUCUGAUCCAGCUGCUGGAAGACGACAGCUCCAAGGCGUACAGCGUGUGGUCGAGGUGGGGCAGAGUGGGAAAAGUGGGUCAGAGCAGUCUGACAGCCUGUGGUGGAGACUUGCUGAAAGCCAAAGAUAUCUUCAAGAAGAAGUUUUUAGACAAGACCAAGAAUGAGUGGGAACACAGAGCGAGUUUUGAGAAAGUAGCUGGAAAAUACGACAUGGUGUUCAUGGACUACAGCACAAGCGAAAAGAAGGAGAGCCAGACGACUGUGGACGCCACGCCCGAUAAGAGGACCUCCCAGCUGGAUGCGAAGAUCCAGUCGCUCCUGGAGCUCAUCUGUGACAUCAAAGCCAUGGAGGAGUGCGUGCUGGAGAUGAAGUUUGACACCCGAAAAGCUCCCCUCGGCAAGCUGACCACAGAGCAGAUCCGCGCAGGCUACACGGCACUGAAGAAAAUCGAGGAGUGUUUGAAGAAGAAGGGCAACAGUCGUGAGCUGCUGGAAGCGUGCAACCAGUUCUACACCCGCAUCCCUCACGACUUUGGGUUGAAAACUCCGCCAGUUAUUCAUACAGAAGAUGAGCUGAAGGAAAAAAUUUCACUUUUGGAGGCUCUGAGUGACAUUCAGAUAGCAGUGAAAAUGGUCCAGUCCAGUAAAGACGGGGACGAGCAUCCUCUGGACAGACAGUACUCCUCCCUCCAUUGUCAAAUGCAGCCUCUGGACUCCAGCAGCCACGAGUACACGGUGGUAGAAAAGUACCUACAGUCCACUCACGCCACCACCCAUCACAACUUCACCAUGACGGUCCUUGACAUCUUCUCAGUUGACAGAGAAGGGGAGAGGAACAACUUCCUCUCUCAGAUGCACAACAGGACUCUGUUGUGGCACGGUUCCCGCAUGUCGAACUGGGUCGGCAUCCUCAGCCAGGGGCUCCGUGUGGCCCCCCCUGAAGCCCCCGUCACUGGUUACAUGUUCGGUAAAGGUAUCUACUUUGCUGACAUGUCAUCAAAGAGCGCCAACUACUGCUUCGCUGGUCAGAACAACAACGUUGGACUGCUGCUACUGUCUGAGGUCGCUCUGGGAGACUGCAACGAGCUGCUGGAUGCCGACUACGAGGCCAACAACCUGCCUGCUGGAAAACACAGCACCAAGGGCCUGGGAAAGACCGGACCCAACCCCAAGAACUCUGUGGAUCUGGAUGGUGUGACGGUGCCCAUGGGGCCGGCAGUGCAGACGGGGGUGGGUAAAAACAGCGGUUACUCCCUCCUGUACAACGAGUUCAUCGUCUACAACCCUGCCCAGACUCGCAUGAGGUACCUGCUGCGGAUCAAGUUCAACUACUCUUCACUCUGGUGAUGCAAAACAGUUUAUGGAUGCAUGAAAUCUGGAGAUUUCUGGAGCGCUUUUUCUCCCCACAAAGCAGGGACGCUAUAUAACUCAAUCAUUCUUCAUGUACAGUAUGAUUCUGUUUAGCGUAGGGUGUGAAGGUACCGGGUGGAUGACACGUAGAGCUGCGACAUUUAUAUCGAUUUAAGUUGUUUUAGUCAAUUUGAAGCAAAGGAAAAAAAAUGUAAUAUAUCUUUGGGUUUUUAAAUUUUGGUCAAAGAAAGCCUCACCUUGAGCUGUGGAAGAUUGUAGCUGGCAUUUUUCACUGUUUUCUGAAAUCUGGGAUUAAUCCGCAAAAUAACUGAAGCAGUCGCAGCUCCACGGUGACGUCAACAGAUUAAAUGCGUAUGCAUCUCAAUUAAAAUGAGAACAACGCCAACAAAACUACAUUUUUCUACAGUUUGUUUUGUUCUUAAAAUAAAAUGCUGCGUCUUCGGUCUUUUUGAGUCAGAAAAAUGAUGUUGGACCCUGUCAAAUAAUUUCCUGGUUUGUAUGAACUUUGAUGAAGAUUGAGCCACCUAAAAAACAUUGUUGCACGACAUUUUGUUAUAUUGCAUUCUUUCUCAUGUCAGCGUAAGCUGUAUUGUGUUCUGUUAGGUCUCUGCUUUUGGUGCUUUAUGAAACGCACGUGGUCUUAUGGAUCUUUUGGAUUAUCAGCGUCUGACUUUAAAUCAAACAAUGUAAUGAUGUGGAGGUUCUUCAGGCAGGUUUGACGUGAGCAUUUCGACUGAAUAAUUACCUGAAUUCUAUUAAAUGUGUCAAAAUCAGUGCUGAAAAAGCAGACAUUGAAGGCUCUCAUUUGUUUCUGUACAGGUGAACAUGCACUGCAAAAAACAAUAAAUACAGCACAACCA